UAACUUCUCUGACGGGACACUUAUAAAGGAAGUUUGACAAGUUGUCCUCAGUCUCUCUCUCUGCUGCCAGCGCUCGGAUUUCAACUCGGUCCGUCCGGCGGCUUCUUCCCCCUGCGAGGCUCCUCCGCAGCUAACGCCCCCUGACGAUGGGGGACUGGAGCGCUCUGGGCCGUCUCCUGGACAAGGUCCAGGCCUACUCCACCGCCGGCGGCAAAGUCUGGCUGUCGGUCCUCUUCAUCUUCCGCAUCCUGGUCCUGGGCACGGCGGUGGAAUCCGCCUGGGGAGACGAGCAGUCGGCCUUCAAAUGCAACACCCAGCAGCCCGGUUGUGAGAACGUGUGCUACGACAAAUCCUUCCCCAUCUCCCACGUCCGCUUCUGGGUCCUCCAGAUCAUCUUCGUGUCCACGCCCACGCUCCUCUACCUGGCUCACGUCUUCUACUUGAACCGGAAGGAGCAGAAGUUCAACAGGAAGGAGGAGGAGCUCAAGGCCGUGCAAAACGAUGGCGGCGACGUUGACAUCCCGCUGAAGAAGAUCGAGAUGAAGAAGCUGAAGUACGGCAUCGAGGAGCACGGCAAGGUGAAGAUGAAAGGGGCCCUGCUCAGAACCUACAUAGUCAGCAUUUUCUUCAAGUCCAUGUUCGAGGUGGGCUUCCUGGUGAUCCAGUGGUACAUCUACGGGUUCAGCCUCUCUGCGGUCUACACCUGCGAGAGGGACCCGUGCCCACACCGGGUAGACUGCUUCCUGUCGCGUCCCACGGAGAAGACGGUGUUCAUCAUCUUCAUGCUGGUGGUCUCCCUGGUGUCCCUGAUGCUCAACAUCAUUGAGCUUUUCUACGUCUUUUUCAAGAAUAUCAAAGAUCGCGUGAAGGGCAAACAGCCGCCCAUUCUCUACCCCAGUGGGGGCACGCUAAGCCCCACCCCUAAGGAGAUGUCCACCACCAAGUACGCCUACUACAACGGCUGCUCCUCCCCCACGGCGCCGCUGUCGCCCAUGUCCCCCCCGGGCUACAAGCUGGCCACGGGGGAGCGGGGCACCGGCUCGUGUCGCAAUUACAACAAGCAGGCCACCGAGCAGAACUGGGCCAACUACUCCACGGAGCAGCACCGGCUCGGCCAGAACGGCGGAGGAAGCACUAUUUCAAACUCCCACGCUCAAGCCUUCGACUUCCCGGACGACACCCAGGAGCACAAGAAGCUGCCGUCGGCGGCGGGACACGAGAUGCAGCCGCUGGCGCUGAUGGACGUCAGGCCCUGUAGCCGGGCCAGCAGCCGCAUGAGCAGCCGACCCAGGCCAGACGACCUGGACGUGUAAGCCCCGCCCCCCCUCCUCCUGCCAGCUCCGCUCUGAAUGACAGGAGGCGGGGCUAACCCCAAUCACUGUCUUCAGCAUAGAGACAUUAAAACUUGUUACGUAACACUGUCAAAAAGGUACAAGUUGUAAGUGUUUUUUUCCCCUUUUCUUAAUGACUUUAACCGUAACCUUAGGGGGGGGGGGGGGUGGGGGGGCGGGCGCCCCAGUUGACGUGGCCGCUCUGGUUUUAAGUUGCCGUGGAUCCGGUUUCCAUAGUUUCUGCUCUUCUUCCUGGUGGCAGCAUUCUUACUAACCACUGUCAGAGAGGUGGGGGCUUUUUAGGCUUUUUAGUUCUUUUGUUUGUUUUUUCAACCAUGUCACCAGAUAGAAAAGGAAAGGAAAAUGUUCAGUUGUAAGAAUCAAACAAGUCGCCACAGCCCUCGACGUCCCAAGUAAUAGACGCCACACAUUUUGCAAUUUAAAAGGGUCAUGAGAAAGUUGUUCCCCCCCCGAGGAGAUAGGAGGUCAACUCAGAGCGAAAAGCGACUAAGCGUUGGCCUCAUUGGCAAUGAUCACUUAAUAAUGAGCCGUGUCCCAGUCAGCAGGGAGGAUGAAGUGAGAAAACAGAGUUUAAUAGUUACAUUGAGUUGAGCUGCUGUUAAAAGCAGAUCCUUAAUCGACAUUUUUAAAAACACUUUCUUCUGUUUUCCAUCUCACUCCGGAACCGUCGGCUCACAUGACAGUAGCUCAACAGGUGGGAGAGCGCUUAAUAUCUGUUGUAGUGAAUAUUUAUUGCUUGGCAUAUUGAGGACAGCCACCACUAAGAGGAGCAUUUGACUACUAUCAGUAUCACGCAGCCACAGCAAACAUCUCAUCGACUCCCCACAAACUGUAUUUAUUCACAGUAAACAUUUCCUCUUAGGUCACUUUGUCCGUCAGUGUGCACCGUUGUUUCCUGAUAAACUUUGAAUUUAUGUGGUGUAUUGUUUGUGUGUGUUUGAGAGAGGGUGGUCGGGGGGGUCGGGGGGUCAGGCUGCUGUGUGCUUUCACACGGCUUCCAUAAAGAACGGCUUUCUUACUGUGUUUACUUUUCUUUGCAUCUUUUGCGGCUGUAGAAGGAUUUAUCUGCGUUUUACAUAUUUGGGUGAAAGAUCCUUUUUUCCCGUUCUGUAGGUAUUGUUUUCUUUGUUCAGAUGUAACCGUUGCUGCUUGAGAAAUAGAUAUUUAGUACUGUAAAUCAAGCUAACUGUCAGAAUAAAAAUGUGAGUUUUAGAAGACUGCUUAUAGAUCUGGACUAAUAUUUAGUCAGUUAUGUUCAAAUGUAUGCCAAUGUAGUAGUUACCAAACACUAAUUUGGGCCUUUCUUCCCUUUCUUCUCUUGUCAUUUCUAAAAAGAUAUUUAACUCGUGCAUCGUUUUGUUGGUACUUACAUGUGUCAUGGAUCUUUCUGCUACAAUGGCAUUUGCACUGAGAUCUUGGUGGUAGAGAUGUAAUAUGAAGCACACAGUUAGUGGAGAAAGAGUUUUCUGAUACACUUGUUACUAAUUUAUUUUAUAACACAGAAAUCACUACAGUGCGUAACAUCAGACAUCCGGCCACUGGUUUCAUCGGCUGGUUCUGGGACAGAUGUCUUCCACUGACAGGAGCAGGAGCAAUUUGUCAUUUGUUGCCGAAAUUCAAUGCUAAUCCGAGGGGAUCCACUGUUGUACAGUGUAAGUUCAUGAUAGCAAGACAAAAAAAUCAUUAAUUCUAUCUGUGAAAAGCUAUUUUAACCAAUAAAUGUGUUUUCUGUCUCA